AUGGCGGCGGUGCAUCCGAUGGCGGCGGUGCAUCCGGUGAUGUACGCGGAGGCGUAUAAGACGUACGCGCUCGCGGUGCCGCAUCGGUUGAUGUACGUGCAGAUGGCGGCGGCGGCGGCGACGGCGGCGGUUCUCGGGCCGGCGCCGGCAAAGUUCCAAAGUCUCUACGGGCCCAGCUUGAGCGGUGGGUGCGUCGCGACGGGCGAACUGAGGAAGAGAGCUAGGCUCGUUUGGACCCCCGCGCUUCACGCGCAGUUCGUCGCGGCGGUUGAAAAACUUGGCGUCGACGCGGCGGUGCCAAAGUCAAUCAUGAAAAUCAUGAACGUCGAAGGACUGACUCGCGAGAACGUUGCCUCACACUUGCAAAAAUAUCGAAUCAAUCUCAAGAGGAAAAAGUUCAGCUCGGAGUCGACCGAGGGGCUGGAUGACACGGACGGUGAUACUCGUUCGAUGCGCAAGAAGAACAAAGCUGAGGCUGGGGAUAGCGAUCGAGGAAGCGGUCCGACGACAAAUGGAAGCGACGACGACGUCACAACGAGAAAGUUGAGCUCGUCCUGUUAUGGUGAGGAGACGAGACAUGAGUCGAAGCGCCGCGUGAGAGAGUAUAAGUGA